UACAGUACUCUAGUUAGGUGUUGUUACCUCAGUCGACCGUGCUACCCGAGUUUCAUAUUACAUAUUUUAAUUUAUAUAUGUAUAUUGUUACAAGUAUAUACAGCAACUUGUAUCAAAACCCCAAAUUUGCUUAUUGAUAAUAAUUUGGGGAAAAUUAAACAGAGAUUUACUUGCUUUACCCAUUAGUGUUGUAAAGUCAGUUAAAUUAUUGUAAUUAUAACAAAAUGAAUCGGAAGAAAAACAAACUGGCUCUGGAAUUGGAGGCGAGUCACUUGUAUAAUCGUCGCAGGAAUUGUGCCAUUCAACCUAAUGAAAAUGCAGAUGGUGCUACUUGCUCUUCGCAGCAUUUGUAUUCGGGUACCAAUACACAAAGUACAGCUCCAUCAGACUACGAGCAGGUUAACCCUGUUCCGAAACCUCCAAGAAGACAUGGUUUUGCAGCAGAAGAUAUUGACCUCGGUGAAAAUUUUGCCAACAAACGUGUAACAAACAUGCUCACUCCAGAACUGGAGAAAGAAUUUCGAAACCAGUUCAUAGAAAAUCUAGACAUAGCACAGGCACUCAGUGAGCGACCUCCGAGCUUCUCACCACCUGCAAGUCUUCACAUCAUGUCUCUGGGGUCCAUGACCUGCACUCGGUGCGGGGACGGCUUUGAACCCCAGGAGAAGAUCGUUAAUUCAAAUGGACAGCUGUGGCACACCCAGUGCUUUGUGUGUGCACAGUGUUUUCGUCCAUUCCCUGAUGAUGUGUUCUACGAGUUUGAAGGCCGUAAAUAUUGUGAACAUGACUUUCAAGUUCUCUUUGCACCAUGUUGUGGCAAGUGCAAUGAAUUCAUCAUUGGCAGGGUGAUCAAGGCCAUGAAUGCUAAUUGGCAUCCAAGAUGCUUUACUUGUGAACUCUGCAGUAAGGAAUUAGCCGAUCUGGGAUUCAUCCGAAAUGCUGGACGAGCACUUUGCCACGAGUGUAAUGCUAGAGUAAAAGCACACUCUCAGGGAAAAUAUAUGUGUCAUAAGUGCCAUUCAACAAUCGAAGGACAGCCAUUACGAUGGCGGGGAGACACCUUCCAUCCAUACCACUUCAACUGUGCUUCGUGUGGCAAUGAGCUGACAGCUGAUGCCAGGGAGGUUAAAAGUCGACCGGGAUACACAGCUAAUGAAAUGAACGAGCUGUAUUGUUUGCGCUGCCAUGACAAAAUGGGUAUUCCCAUCUGUGGUGCAUGUCGUCGUCCUAUUGAAGAACGUGUGGUGACAGCGCUCGGCAAACAUUGGCACGUGGAACACUUUGUGUGCGCCAAGUGUGAAAAGCCAUUCAUGGGAAAUCGUCACUAUGAACGAAAGGGCAUGGCAUACUGCGAGACUCAUUAUCAUGAGCUAUUUGGAAAUUUAUGCUUCAUAUGCAAUGCAGUUAUUUAUGGAGAUGUGGUGAUGGCUCUGAACAAAGCCUGGUGCAUUCAUCACUUCGCUUGUGCAGUAUGUGACAUUAAAAUGACACAGAAAACCAAGUUCUUCGAGUUUGAUCAAAAACCAAUAUGCAAGAAGUGCUAUGAAAAGUUCCCGCAAGAGUUAAAGAAACGCCUGAAGAAACAACAUGAAAUCCAGGCACGUGGUGGCAAACCACUACCAUAAGCAUCCAGCUGGGGCAGGUAUCAAACAUCAAAAUCUAAAAAAAAAAAAAAAAAAUCUGAUAAUUCUAAUCUGAAUUUUGUAUCGUAAUUCAAAAUAACUAAAUUCUCAAAAUUUUAACAAUGAUUUUUAAAUUAAUAUAGUUAUUUGCAUAAAUCCUACUAAUUUAAUUGAUAACUGGGUCAUUUGAGAUUAAUGUCUAACAAAUGAGGCCACUGAAGCAUUCAUUGAAAUGGCAGUCAAUCCAAAAUGUUGAUUGGGUCCUAAGGAUUAGAGAUUGUCAAGUGGUAUUUGUAUUUAAUGUUUUUAUACAACAUAAGCAAGUUCCUCUUAAUUUUGUAUUGGUACAAAACUAAAAUGGUUUUCAUUCUGUUUAUGAAUAUUUUUCUCUGUGGUUGUAUAAUAAUUAAUGUUCAAUGAAUUACUGUAUGUGACAAUUAGUUUAUAGUUGCGAGAACGAAUCUCCAGCGAAGCAUUGGGUCAAAUGUUAGAACCAGUAAGCUUUGAUAGAUUGUUUUGUAUCCUAUGUAUUGUGUCUUAAGGUAAAGUGGAGAUACAUUUUUUUUUUUUUUUUUUUUGUCAACACCUUAAUGAGGCUUCUUCACCUAUCACAAUCUUUGCAUAAUAUUAAAGACGUGUACAAUAAGGCACCUCUUCUCAUCCACGGGCUUUAUCAACUGCCACUCAUUGUAACAAUGGCAGCUGAUUUAGCCUUUUUCUAUACUGUUUUAAUUCAGCUAGCAUCCUGGUGCCCUUAAGUACACUAUGGAAUCUGUUUCUUUUAUAUUAGAUACGACUUCUCUUCUCUCUCUCGUUAUUUUUCAUCAUUUCUAUCAAGAUUUAUCUAUGUACAAUGUCUUAAGAAUAUGCUUCCAGUCUACUACAAACUUACAAAUAGAUUUUUAUAAUCCAGUGUGUUCUAUUUUUUUAAUGUACUUUGGAAUCCAAGUAUUUUUUCUUCUUUUUUUGCAGGGGGUUCUUUGUUUCCUAAUAAGAUCUCUAGUGCAAAUUCAUUGGAAAUACUGUAUAGUCUCACUAAUCCAAAUUUUGAUGAUUUGCACAAAAUCAGAGGUGGAUUAUGAUCAACACAUGAUCUGCACACAUUUUCUAGUUACCUAUAGAACAUAUGAACCACAUAGCACAUCACCGACGAUACUUUAUUGAUGGUUCAGCACAAAUAUUAAAACAAUGCCAAUUAGUUUUUGUGAAUAAUAAUUAGAAAGAGCAUUUGUUGUUCAAAAUGCAUUAUUGUCCUGCCAGGCAAAAUGAAAGUGGCCGGUUUUUCUGUGUAGAGGCUGUGUGCCUUAAAGUAUGCAGUCUUUGGCUUGGUGGUGGUGUUCACAAGGUGUCCUAGCUCAAACACUGAUAAUUUUUUAUAAAAUUGGAAACAUUCCUUCAAUGUCACAACCCAGUGCUUCUGUAUUAUUCAAAACACUCCUAUAUUUUGUCUGCUGCUAAUAAUAAUGCACACACAUUUGUGUAUGUGUGAAAGUAGUAUGGGAGAAGGAGGCAGUCCAACAUUUUUGCUCUCUAAUAAUUGAAGUUUUUCCAUGAUAUAUAUUUGUGUUCAGAUCAUCAACCAUCCAAACUAUUUCAUUAUAAAGACGAUAGAAGAAAUAAGUGUCACUUUAUUGUUAAUUGUCUAGUAAAAUAGUAUUAUAUUUGUGUAGUGUAAAUAAUUAGUCAUAUAGUUCCUUGCAAAAUAUUGUACUACUGUUCUGUGUAAGAUUUGUCAGUCGUAUCUAAAAGGAAGGCAAGUGACAGCUAUACGAAACAUGUUAUUUCUGUAAUUAUACUGUAAAUAACGUUUAGUUUGUCAUUUGCUAUAAGAAUAUGCGCUUUACAUGUGCCAAUAUUUGUGGUAAUAUUUAAAAGACAGCAGCUGCCUGAAAACUAUUGUGUAGUCCAUCCCACUCAGUAGGUCACAACGAGCCCCAUUUAAUUAGUGUUGAAUAGCAAAAAAAAAAAAAAAAAAACCCCUCUAGAGGUUCUGUUUUGCCUAUACAGUACUUUAAAUUAUAUUAAUGUCGUGGAGCUGGGAUUUGUAUAUUGAAAGAUAGUUGUUGUUUUUUUUGGAUGGGGGUAAUAUUGCUUUGAAGUAGUCCAUAUACAGUAUGACCAUUUUGUACUUAAUGUACAAAGUAAUAGACUGGUAUAUGAAUGUUACUUAACCUUUUGUUCAGUUAAAAAUAUAUCUGGAAAUUCACACACAGAAAAUACCCUUACUUAACCAAUUUAAGGUCUUCUAUAUUUACUCUACUGUAUUAGGAAAAGGAUAGCCUAUAUGUGUAUUUUAUUGGGAUAAGCGAGAUUGUGCUCCUGGCCUCUUUUUUUUUCCUUUUUCCCGUUGACAUUUCCACAUUAUACAUUGAUUUUUCAAUAGAACAGUAAAUGGACCAUUAAAUACUAGUCCUGUAAAAGUCUGCAUUAGUUUGGUGUCCAUUACCGAGGACAAGAAUCCUCUUGGCUUAUUAAGGCACCUCUAGCCAUCUAGUGACCCCUCCCCAAAAUGUGUCCCACAAUAGUUAACUAACUCGGGCACCUACCCGCCAAACACACGACGAAACGACAUUCGAACAAGGUUUAACACUAACAAUUGUAACAACCGAUAUAGCAAGUUGUAACAAUGUUUUUAUACUUAAUAAAAACGUUAUUAUAAGAUGUUACAACUUAAUUACAAGUUAUAACAAGGGAAUUGGGGACCACUAUAUUGUGUUUGAAGGAUAUUCACUGAUCUUAAAUACUAAAAUGCUCAUUUGUAAUCCUCUUAGCCAUAUUUGGUAUCAUUGUAGCUCUCUUUAUUCUUAGCACUUUCGCGCCUCGGGCAUGAGCACCGCCAACUUAGAGGUCACGCCCUCUGCGUACGGGCGAACACGCGGAGACACCGAAAUGUGUAUACUCGUUUGUUUUCUCACCUUAAUUCUCAUGCUAUGUCGUUCGUUUUGGUAUUGUGUUCGCAAUUAAAUUCCCUGCAGGUGUAUGUGCAUAUAAUGUCCAAAAGCACGGCAUGACUCCCCACAGCACAGCCUAAAAUUACCCGUGAACGAGUACCAAUUUGCACACCGCAACCUAAUGUGUAUACUCAUUCG